AUGGCGAUAGACGGGGAGACCUCACCCCUUCUCUCUGGAGCACGGACCCCUUCUUUCACUGCCCGCUCGGAUGAUAGUUUAUACUAUGGCUCUCGGGAUCCCAGAGCCAAUUUUGCGUGGCUCAUUCCCACCGCCAUAAUGGGCUCUCUGGCUCACGAACUUACGAACAUUUCCCGUUUGGUGUUUUUCCGACAAUACUUUUGCCAGGAAAUCGGAUUUCCUGAAGCGCCAGACCCUAGUUUAUUGGCAUACACUCCGUCCCCAUCCACCCUCCACUGCAGUAAUCCUCAAUUCCCUGUCAACAUCGCAGCGAUGGUUCUCACGUGCACUUUCUCAACCAUCUCAACCGGCUGGUGGACCGGACAGAGUGAUGUUAGUGGCAGGAGAUAUUCUCUGACGAUACCUAUGUUGGGCUCCAUCAUCUCAAACCUGCUCUUUGCUGUCCUCGCCGGAAGUCAGAGAGUGGACGGCCUAGCUCAAGUCAUCGCAUUUGUUGGAUUGUUGGUCGAGGGCAUGCUGGGAGGAUCUGCCACUUUCAGAGCCAGUCUUAACGCAUAUGUAGCGGACGUCGCGCCUGCUGGAUCGUGGUCUACAUCGUUUAGCAUUCUUCAAGGUGUUUUCCUUGUCUGUACAUUGCUCGGUAGCUCGAUUGGGUUAGGACUUGAUUUCUUCAAGCCGUUCCUCUCCUUUGCAGUUGGUGCUGGGGUUGCUGUCAUCAAUCUGAUCUAUAUCAUCAUAUUCCUGCCUGAGUCGCUACCAGAAGAGUUUGAACUCGAUCGGCCAUCCAAACUCAAACUCGGCGAUUUCAGGAAGUCUGUCUCGUUCCUCAUCACCUCGUUGAGUGGCCACCGGAUAGCACUACUUAGCAUCGCAUUUUUCACGUAUUCUAUGACCUCGAGUAUAGAGUCACUCCACCUUUCAUUUGCCUUGUCUCCCGAUAGUACUGCAACGCCAAUUCCGGCUGGUUACUUCAUCACAAUUUCCACCAUGACUAGAUUAACUGCAUUCUUUCUCAUUAUACCUGGCAUUAUCUAUCUCCUCCAGCGACGCACGCCCCUCAGCCUCGCGAUUUCCACCAAGCAAUACAUUCUUUCCGCGAUCAAUAUUGACGGCCUGGCCUUGCGUUUAUUGCUCCUUGCAGACCUCAUGACACAAGUCUUCAUCCUCUUUAUCCCUGCUAGUCAUACCACCCUCUUCUUCCUCCUUGCCCUGUUUGCACCUCUGACAGGCGGUCUGAAGCCUACCUUCCAAGCGUUAAUCGCUACAUCUGCCGAGCUGCGAAGCAGCCCCAAACGCAGAGGCACUCUCUUCGGAGCUCUCAGUGUCUUGGGAAUGAUUGGGGAGACUCUUUCGCACAUCAUGUUCAAAUCGACCUCCACUCUAUGGCAAACCUUCCCCAAGGCCGGUUUCGUCGCCACUGCCACGCUCCUCACCCUUGUUGGCAUCCUACUUUGGCCCGCUCUCAUAGGCGGCCGCGCCAUCGCCGACUCUCUACCUACAGAUCGAGAACGCAUUCGGAUUGUCGUGUCUGAGGACUCUACGGGCCCAGCGCGCGACCCAGACUCGACUUUCUUCUCGCCUGUCUACCGACGGCAUGGGACUGUUGAAGGCUCUACGGAGGCUCUGAAUUAA